AUGGCCGCCUUUCGGUUUCUCGUCCUGCUGGCCUGUUUUCUCGGCCUGAGCAGCUACGUCGCUGCCGCCGACCUGUCAUACAACGGAAUCCCUCCAUGCGCGAUAUCCUGCAUUCUUCAAGAGAUCGGGGCAGGGCACUCGACAUGUGCCCUCACGAAUCAGACAUGCAUGUGUAACGACAAGGUUCUCGCUGGGUAUGUGCAGACUUGCGUGAUGGCAAACUGCACAGUUAAAGAGAUGCUGGUCGCCCAGAACCAGUCGCUCGCGGCUUGUGGCGUGCCUCCGGCCCAACAAGACACUGUUAUGCAGUGGUUCAGAGCUCUUCUCUUCGGCCUUCCAACGUUCUUCAUCAUCGUACGGAUCACGAAUAAGUACAUGAAGCUGUCGCCGUGGGGCUGGGACGACACGACCUGUCUCGUCGCAUAUGGUGUUCUAGCAGCCUUCUUACCCGCAGCCUAUCUUGCUGAGGAGACAGGCGCUGGACGAGACAUUUGGAGCCUUACUCCCGAGCAAAUCACGUACUUCUUGGUGCUCUUCUAUGUCUUUGGGAUGCUCUACCUGACUGCUCUUGCCUUCGUCAAGGCAUCGAUUCUCUUUCUCUAUUUACGCAUCUUCCCGGACGAAAAGUUCCGACGAGUCCUCUGGUGCACGCAAAUGUUCAACCUGCUCCUCCUCAUCGCGUUCGUUGGAGGCACUGUUGGGUCGUGCCAACCUAUUCACUACUUUUGGGAUGGAUGGACUGGGGAGAUGAAGGGCCAAUGCAUCAACCUGAACGCCUUUGCAAUGUGCCACGGCGCUCUCAACGUUGCCUUGGACGUCUGGAUGCUCGUUCUUCCGGCAACCCAGGUCUAUGAUCUGAGGAUGCCGCUCAUGCGCAAACUUGGAGUGAUGCUCAUGUUCAGCGUUGGAGUAUUCCUCACAGCAGUCAGUGCGUAUAGGGUCAAGGCAUUAUUGAUCUUCUCGACGUCCUACAACGUCACAGCCGACUCCUUCCAAAGCUCGCUUUGGUCACACAUUGAACUAUGUGUGGGCAUCUUUGUUGCCUGUUUACCGAGUACUCGCCAAGUCUGGCGAAUCCUCUUCCCCAAGAUAGUAACACAACUCUCGAGGACUGGACGCUCAGCAAAGGGAUCUAACAGCGAGUCCCAAGCCUCCAGAACCAUAUCCAGUCCCCCCGAGCGAGCACGAGUUGUGUCCUACGAGGAAGCAUCAAUAGCCCAUUUGGUCGGAGACUUCAGGAACAUCGACCUCAACGACCUCCCGUCAGAGCCAGAUACACCAAGCACACCGAAAACACCGAAGAGUCGAAUCGAGUUCAAGGAGGAGCCUUGUUCUGGCAGCUCAAGGGGCAACGACAGCACAAGAAGCAUGUUGAAGAUGAAAGAAGAGGCAUGA